CGACUUCAGCAAAGACAACGAAGAUGAGCGACAACCGCAUCACAGCGCUGCCACCCGACUUGUCGAAAUGUCUGGGGUAUUGUGGGCGUGUGCCUGAGCCGGGCCUGAAUCUCACGGCCAUCGAGUGUGGGAUGUGCCCUCGUGCACACCGCUCGGAUGGCUAUGUAUGUGUUCCGUGCGCCGGGCAGCUGGAGGGCUAUUCCAUUGUCUUCAUUGUCGUGGAGUUGCUAUCGUUGUAUUUGCAGUAUCAAGGAGUGUUUGUGUCCAUGACACGAUCCUCGACCAAGCGCAAGACACGCAUUGCCAUCUCCGUGUACUUGGUGUUGGAGCUUGUGCUCGCAGUAUGCUGCACCCUCCUCAGCCUCGAACCAAAGGGGUCGCUACGGGUAUAUUCCUGUGGCAUGUCGCAUGUCAACGACUGGUAUCCCGUCUUUUUCAACCCAAAGCCCGACUACAUUCACGCCGUCCACUGUGCGAAUGAGGUUGCCUUCCCGCUCAUCACGUUCUAUCUCCUCUUUCUCGGGUUUAUCGCCGCCAUCACGAUUCUCAUUCGACUACCGCUCCUCUACUCACAACGGGUUGUGCAAGCAACAGGCGUGGACGCAUCAUACAUGCUGCGGCACACGUGGGCGCUCCUGUUUGCGGUGCCCGUCCUGGCGCUGGUGCACGUUGCCCUGGGCGGUCUCGUGUUCUAUGCGUUUCCCUUUCUCCUCUUUGCGUCUUUCCUCUUCAGCUGCCUCUACGCCGCAGUGUUUCGCGACAACCUCCAGGCUUUCAAGACGCCAUUGCGGGUGCUGUGGACGGGGUUCCGCUUCUACGUGAUACCCUUUGGAUGCCUGUACUGCAUGCGGGAGUUGUUUGGGGCGCGGAGUGCACUGCAUUGGAUAUGGAUUGCACUCGGCCCACUUGUCCCCGCCGCCGCCAUCCAGGCAACUUGGCGCUUCACAGACGAGAGACGCUUCACGUGACAAUGUGUAUAUGUAUGUAUGUAUGUGUGUGUGUGUGUGUGUAUGCGUGCUUGAUUAUAUCGCAUUGCGCACUUGUCGUGUCGGUGUCUUCCUUCCUCCCCCUUCUCUUCUUCUUGUUCUUCGAUGUUUUAUUUGCGGCUGUUCCGCGCUUGCUCUGUGCAAGUUUUUUUCAUUCUUCUUUGGUGGAAUUGGUUAUCUGAACUUGACUGGAAUACAUAACGACUCAC